GGUUGCUCCCUAUCAACAUUAUCACGAGGCAACAUGAGCACACUGAGGCCUGAGCCAUUGAAGUUGAACCUCAGUUUUGCGCGAGAAAAAAUGCGCACCACACUCACUCUCUCCCUCUGCUAAACCCUAAUCACUCUCCCUUCUCAUCAGUCAUCACCGGUCACCCCCAAAAACCCUUUCUCUUUGUUUUCUCCGAUCAGAUGCAAUCAAAAAUGGCGAUUCUUUCCAAAUCUCGCGCCCUCCUCAAAACCUUAAACCCUAAUUCUAUCAAAUCAAUCACAACUUUCUCUCUCCUCAACCAAGAACCUCAGCUCGCUGAACCACCAUCAACACCAGCGCCAACACCAUCUCCGUCGCCUCUUCCGCCAAAUCCUUCUUCCGGCAGCCCAAUGUACAACGAAAACUGGCGAAGUCCAAUUCAACACACCGGUCAACAUUCCCUAAUUCCUACCGGAUUUCUCUAUCAAAACCCUUCUCAGAUGCAAUUACUCGCGCAAAAGAAGGAUGCGAAUUCGCUUAUGAAUUUGUUCGCUGAUUGGAUGACGUCUAGGCGAUGGGCUGAUGUGAAGCAGGUGUUUGAGUCUUGGAUUAAGACAUUGGAUGUGAAUGGGAAGCCUAAUAAGCCAAAUGUGCAGCUGUUUAAUCAUUAUUUGAGGGCUCAUUUUAUGGAUGGAACUUCUGCUAGGGAGUUGCUUGAUGUCGUGUGUUUGAUGGAGGAAUUUGCUAUUGAGCCGAAUACGGCUUCGUUUAAUUUGGUGCUUAAGGCUAUGCAACGGGCUAGAGAGGCUGAUGCGGCCGAAAAGCUUCUUCAAAGGAUGCUGCAUGGUGGGAAAGAAUCUCAGCCUGAUGCGGAAUCAUAUGAUUUGGUUAUUAGCAUGCUAUUUCAGCAAGGUCAGAUUGAUAUGGCCUUGAAAUAUAUAGAGCUGACGCUAAAAUCUGGUUAUAUGCUGUCAACAAAGGUCUUUGUUGAUUGUGUCCAGAGUUGUAUUAACCAGCAAAGAUUGGAGAGUCUUGUGAUGGUUAUAGAGAAGUGCAAGGCCAUGGACCAGAAUAAAGCUCUGAGCCCCAGCUGGAGUUUGUGCAACGACCUUGCCAAUGUUGCAAUACAGAAUGAUAAUAGCAAGCUGACCUUUCUGGCCUUGGGAUUCAUGGCUAGGCUGAUACAAGUUGGUGAGAAUGCAAGGCCCCCUAUUUACCACUCUGUUGAUGAAGGAUUAGUUAUUUCUGCUCUCGCCACAGCUGCCCGAACUUCUGAUACUACUCUUUUGGAUGCAUCAUGGGCCAUCCUAAAGAGAUCCUUGCGUGAGAAAAGGGUUCCUAAGCCUGAAACCUACUUGGCGAAGAUAAAUACCCUUGCUUCCUUGGGGAGCUUGCCAAGUGCUUUUAAUACUCUGAAUGAACUUGAGAGAACACAUGCAAGUUAUGCAGCAGCUGAUGAGGACCUAUUGUCACCAUUUACUUCUCUUUAUCCGCUUGUCGUGGCAUGUUCAAAGCAAGGUUUUGAAACUUUAGAUUUGGUGUAUUUUCAAUUGGAGAAUUUGAGUCGUGCAGACCCUCCUUUCAAAUCUGUUGCUGCCAUGAACUGUGUAAUUUUGGGCUGUGCGAAUAUCUGGGACCUUGAUCGGGCUUACCAAACAUUUGAGGCAAUUAGUUCAACAUUUGGAUUGAACCCCAAUAUACAUUCAUACAAUGCUUUAAUGUCUGCAUUUGGAAAGUUGAAGAAGACAUUUGAAGCUACAAGGGUAUUUGAACAUCUUUGUGGUCUGGGGGUGAAACCAAAUGCUACAUCAUAUAGUUUACUUGUUGAUGCUCAUCUCAUCAACCGAGAUCCCAAGACUGCUCUUACUGUACUUAAUACAAUGGUGGAAGCUGGUUUUGAACCAUCGAAAGAGACACUAAAGAAAGUCAGAAGACGAUGUGUUCGAGAGGUAGAUCAGGAAAGCUAUGAUCAUGUAGAAUCUCUCGCCAGAAAGUGCAAAAUCUUUUUGGGUACUGAGAAUCGCAGGAACAUGUUGUUUAAUCUGGAGUACGGAACUGAGUAUGCUUCAUAGGUGUUUCUCCAAUAUCUCUAUUGCCAAUUGGAGUUGCCUUUUUAAGCAACCAGCCGGCGUUUUUGUUUUGUAAAUUAGGUAAGUAGCAUUUUACUAUAUUGGAGUUUUUGCUUGAUCCUAGAUUCAUCAGCUCUAUUUAUACUUUUUUGUUUUAUGUAUCACUAUUCUUCUUAGUUUUUUUCCCUGGAAUAUUAGUUGCAUUAAUAUUUCUAAUUCGAACGUGAUGUAUUUUUGAUAACUUGGGAAUAAUACAGAACUAAACAGAGUUCAGAUUUUCCAA